AUGCGCUCUACAUUCUCCAGCCUGGCACUCUUCGCCGGGGCCUCUCUAGCAGCUUAUGCCCCAAACACCACGACCUUUGAGAAGGAAACGCGCACUAUCGAUGAGAUCUACCAAGCAGCUCUGGCCGAAGGCGGUGUUGUCACUCUUUGGCAUGGCGGCGAUGAAAAGAAUCAACAGAAUGGCCUGAAGAGCGCCUUUGAAGCACGAUUCCCCAACAUGACGCUCAACGUCACCGUCGAUCUGUCGAAGUACCACGAUACCAAUCUUGACGCCCAACUGGCAGCCGACAAUGUCUAUGUCGACAGCAUCGUCUUGCAGACGCUGCACGACUAUCCACGCUGGAAGAAAGAAGGUGCUCUAUCGAACUACGCACCGUUGAACUUCGACAAGGUCUAUCCCGAGUUCAAGGAUAAAGACGCAGCUUACAGUGGAUUGCUCAUCUUCAAUUGGGGCAUCUCUGCCAACAUGAACAAGACGAGCACCUUGCCAAAUUCAUAUCAAGACUUCACUAAACCCGAGUUCAAAGAUAAGAUCGUCCUGACUUACCCCAACGACGAUGAUGCGAUUAUGUACCAGUUCGAACUUAUCAUACAAGAGCUCGGCCAAGAAUGGUUCGACGCCCUACUAGCCAACAACCCCCACUGGGUGCGUGGCACAGAAACCCCCGACACACUCAUCCGCGCCGCCAACAGCAGCAGUGCGGUGACCUUCACCGGAGGCUACUCGUUUGAAGACCGGCUACCUGUUAGAUACGCGCUUCCUAGCGAUGCCAAAUUUGUCUCUUGGGCUCAGACCGGCGCCAUCUUGAAAGAUGCACCGCACCCCGAAGGCGCAAAGCUGCUGCACAGCUUCAUGCUUAGUGAUGACUACCAACUGGGCGGUGGCUGGAGUGUUCUUGAGGACGUCCCGGCGCCUGAAGGCGCGGAGACAAUCCUUCAGCAGCCUAAUACGGAUGCGCCCGCAUUUGCUUCGUGGAUGGAAGAUCGUGCGAACCUCGAGAGGAUAAGAUACUUUUAUGAGGACAAGAUUGGCACCGCACAGGGUCUUAGUCCGCUCAUUGACGACUUGUGA